AUGGCCACUCCGGUGAAUUUUGGCGGCCAACAUAAGGCCACUCGCAACAAAGGCACCAAACCAAGAUAUGAAGAUGCAAAUACACUCAUUUACAUCUCAACUUGGUUUUCACCGGAGACUCAAGUGAAUCUCUCGUGCACGAUGUUCUGCAAGUGGGUGUACUGCACAAAGGCCGUUUCAUGUUUCAGUUGGUACGAUAUUCGAGAUAUCGCAGUAUAUUUCCGCAAAGGCAAUACGAACCAUCACAAUAUCUCCAUAUCUGUAAUCAAAACCUACUGUCAAAAUUUGAACACAUAUGACUUAAAAACAGAGACAACUUUUAUCGAGAAAUGCACUCAGUUGCAAAUCAAUUUGGUCUUCACGGGAGACUCAAGUGAAUCUCUCGUUUAUGAUGUUCUGCAACUGAAUGUGCUGCACACAGGCCACCUCAUGUUUUAG